GUGUCGAGGAAGUGGAUGAGAGGAUGUCCAUCGCGGUAGUUUCAGUUUCCACUAUGCAUUUGACAAGCUAACGCCUCUUUGUUCGUGUCAUAUCCCGAGGAAGCGAUUUCCGUCAAAGCGUGAGCUGCUCUUUGACGGGUUUAUUCGCAUCUUUCGGUGGAUCAUAUCGACGCUGGUUGGCAUCCUGGCACGGAACAUGAACAUGGCCUCGUUCAUCCCGGAGGUUCGAGGACUUCAGACGGAGGAGGACGAAUCCAGAAUCUUAAGGGUGAAAGUCAUUGGUGGAAUUGGUUUGGCUAAGAAGGACAUUUUGGGAGCCAGUGAUCCGUACACAAGAAUCUCUCUCUACGACCCCAUCAAUGGAGAAAUCACCAGUCUACAGACCAAAACCAUUAAAAAGACAUUGGAUCCGAAGUGGAAUGAGGAAUUCUUCUUUAGAGUGCAUCCUAGGAAACAUCGUCUGCUACUGGAAGUGUUUGAUGAAAAUCGUUUGACGAGGGAUGACUUUCUCGGACAAGUGGAUGUUCCUCUGCACCAGAUCCCUACAGAACAUCCUAACAAUGAAAGGCCGUACACAUUCAAGGACUUCCUGUUGCACCCCAGAAGUCACAAGUCGAGGGUGAAAGGUCAUCUGCGACUGAAGAUGACUUAUCUGCCCAAAAACAACGACAUGGAGGAUGAGCCAGCCGAACAGAACGGGAGUCUGGAUCAGCCUGGUUGGGAGUUUCUGGAGCCUCAAGAGUUCUGCAGUCCUCACAAUCCUCACCAGCUGCCUGCGCUGCCCCCUGGCUGGGAGGAGAGGCAGGACAACCUGGGAAGAACCUACUACGUCAACCACGAGAGCAGGAGCACCCAGUGGCACAGACCCACCAUCCAGGACAGUCAAAGAGACAAUGAACAGAGACAGGAUACACAGAGCGAGUCCCAGCGGGCGUUCCUCACGCGCAGACAAAUAUCAGAACCCGGCGAGAACCACGAGCGCAGAGAGUCACCUGAGAGCUGGGAGAUCGUAACAGCAGAUGAGACCACGCUUUAUAACAGCCCCAGCGAGCGCUCGCCGCCGCCCCCACAAUCCCCGAUGGAGUUCACGGGAAUCUGUGAGGACUUCAGCAGACUGCAGACCGGAAACAACAGACGCACGUCCCUCACGCCGCAGGGUCACGGCAGCCGCAGAGGAAGUGGACAGACUCUGACAGUGGAAGAGCAUCCUGUUCACCCCGUGUUGUUACCCACGUCUACCGGGCUGCCUCCGGGAUGGGAGGAGAAGCAGGACAGUAAAGGGAGAAUGUAUUACGUCAAUCACAACAGCAGGAUGACAACCUGGACACGGCCGCUCGUUCAGCUCAUACAGCCGUCCUCUGAGGCAGCAUCAGCAUCAGCGAUGGGAGGCGGAGUCAUGUCUCUUUCCCAGAAUCCCGCGGGCUACGCUCCGCCCCUCCUCUCCCCGGAUGUGUCGCCGCAGCACACACGCGCUCACACACCGGAGCACGCCGGACCGAUGCCGGCUGGAUGGGAGGUGCGCAGCGCUCCAAACGGACGCCCCUUUUUCAUCAACCACAACACUAAGACCACCACAUGGGAGGACCCCCGGCUGAAGGUUCCUGUGCAGGUGAUGAGGAGAGUCUCCCUUGACCCCACUGACCUCGGCCCACUGCCGCCUGGUUGGGAGGAGCGAGUACAUAGUGACGGCAGGAUCUUCUACAUCAAUCACAAUACAAAAGCCACACAGUGGGAAGAUCCAAGACUACAGAGUUCAGCCAUCACUGGUCCAGCUGUGCCUUACUCCAGAGACUAUAAACAGAAGUAUGAUUACUUCCGCAAGAAACUCAAGAAACCAGCCGACAUCCCGAACCGCUUUGAGCUGGUUGUGAGACGUAACGCUCUUCUGGAGGACUCGUACCGGCGCAUUCUGUCCGUCAAACGCUCGGAUCUGCUGAAGGCCCGCCUCUGGGUGGAGUUUGAGGGGGAGAAGGGGCUGGACUACGGGGGCGUGGCUAGGGAAUGGUUCUACCUGAUCUCCAAGGAAAUGUUCAACCCGUAUUAUGGGCUGUUUGAGUAUUCUGCCACGGAUAACUACACCCUACAGAUCAACCCCAACUCAGGUCUGUGCAAUGAGGACCAUCUGUCCUACUUUAAGUUCAUCGGCCGGGUGGCUGGGAUGGCUGUUUAUCACGGGAAGCUGUUGGAUGCAUUCUUCAUCCGGCCCUUUUACAAGAUGAUGCUGCAGAAGCCAAUCACGUUACAGGAUAUGGAGUCAGUGGACAGUGAGUACUUCAACUCUCUCCGAUGGAUCUUGGAGAACGACCCCACAGAUCUGGACCUCAGGUUCACCAUCGACGAGGAGCUCUUUGGACAGACGCACCAGCAUGAGCUGAAACCAGGAGGUGCUGAUGUUGUGAUCAACGACACUAACAAAAAUGAGUAUAUUCAUCUGGUGAUACAGUGGAGGUUUGUGGAUCGGAUCCAGAGACAGAUGACGGCCUUCAAGGAGGGUUUCUACGAGCUGAUUCCUCAGGACCUGAUCAAGAUCUUUGAUGAAAACGAGCUGGAGCUGCUGAUGUGUGGUUUAGGAGACGUGGACGUCAACGACUGGAGAGAAAACACCAAAUAUAAAAAUGGCUACAACCCAAAUCACCCAGCCAUCAUCUGGUUCUGGAAGACGGUGUUGCUGAUGGAUGCAGAAAAGCGAAUCCGUUUGCUUCAGUUUGUGACGGGAACAUCCCGUGUACCGAUGAACGGCUUCGCUGAGCUCUACGGAUCCAACGGACCGCAGUUGUUCACUAUUGAACAGUGGGGCACGAAGGACAAACUGCCCCGAGCACACACCUGUUUCAACCGCUUGGAUCUCCCUCCCUACGAGACGUUCGAGGAUCUCCGUGAGAAGCUGCACAUGGCCAUCGAAAACGCUCAGGGCUUUGAUGGUGUGGACUAGACUCCGGCUGCCAAAAUCCCAAAUCCGUAUGUCUAUGAUGUUUACAAAAGAAGGUUUUGUAAUGCACUCCGGCAUACAGCUGUAUGUUUCUAAACAUCUGUAGAAUUGAUCAUAUCUAUGCAUUUGAGGAUAAUUAAGGAAUUGUAUAUUUCUACUAUGAGCUUUUAAGUCAUGCAUUAUGAUUGUGCACUGUUUGGCUGAAGAGAUUUUCCUAAAUGCACAAUAUGAGACCAUUAUUUUUUUGGCGAUCUGUACAAAUAAUGUCUUUUUGUUUUUGUUUGUUUGUUUUUUUGUUUGUUUUAGAAAUUCAAACAUAUGCAGGCAUCAAUGUCUGUAGAGAUCAUGUACUUAAUCAUGACUUUUUCUCACUUUGACUUUGUUUACGUUUUUUUGUUUACAGAUAAGAUAGCCCACUUUUGAAAACCAUUUUUUUGUACAGUUUGUGAAAGUUGAAGCACUUUUCUAAAAACAAACAUUUCGAGUCUUACUUUGUAUAGAUCACCUCAGUCAAGCUGUUUUGUGACUAAUCAUCGCUUUAUAUCAUAUACUAACUGUUUACAGCAUAAAUAUUGCUUAAAGUAAGCACAUUUUGUCUCGCAAGGAACGUAUCGUACUGUUAAAAACUUUCCCUUCAUUUGGUAUUAUAAAACUAAUGAAAAAACACUUUUAUCGUGGAUACUGUUGUAUAAUUAUUCACUAUUAUAUGAACAGCCACUGCAUUUCUGCAAAGGUUUUUGGCACAGAUUUUGAGUGAGUUUCAGGGAUUUCUAUCAGAGAUUUAUGAGCAAAAGUGUCUUUCAUUUGAAUGUAAAUUUUGCUGAUUUUAAUUGUCACGCCGAUCUUUAUGGCUAUGUGUUUUUGGAAGAUUAAUAAAAUGAACACAACUCUUCCGA